AUGGACCCGACCAACUUGUUCGACACGCAGUUUGUGGUCAACCAGAUCGACCCUGAUGGCAAGAAGUUCGACCGAGUGUCACGAAUCAUUGCGUCGUCGCCGUCGCUGGAGAUGAGCUUGUCGAUCGACAUUGCUACGGAUGUGUGGCCUGUAUCGGAGGGACAGCAGCUCACGUUCCAGCUUGCGUCGACGCUCAAGAAGGAGGCGGCGGGUACCAAGGUGGAUGGCGCUGAUGGCGAGCAGGAUGCAGCGGCGCAGGCGGCAGAGCGCGAUGCGUGGAGACUCGACCAGCCGGGCAACGGCGGCAUCGCAGACGACUUUGACUACGUCAUGUACGGCAAGAUCUACAGAUACGACGAAAAGGUCGCAGACGAGGUCACCGUGUACGGCUCGUUCGGUGGCCUCAUGAUGGCCCUCACCGGCAACUUCCGCCACAUGAGCAACAUCACCAUCGGCUCCAACGUCUACCUCCUCAUGCGCUGA